GUGAGCCGGGAGGUGAGCUUCAGUCAUUAAGAGUGAAAGAGAUGAAACACUAAAGUGUCUGCGAUGCAAAAACGAGUAGAAGAAGGUCAGGUGACAAAGCUGCAUGAUAAUUAAAUACAGAACCGUCUGUGAGCGAUGGGAAGCGAGAUCCACAUCCUUACUGUCUCACCUGUCUGCUUAGGUCCUAAUCAAAGUCCCGACUGCUUUUAGUAGUUUUCGCGGAGAAAAAAAAUGAAAAGCUUUUUGCUUCGCUGGGUUUUUAUCUUCGCGAUGCUGCAGCGGAGCGUCAGGCAGACGGCUGCUUCACCGGACACAGAGUUGAACUGCUGUGAAGGGGACAUUCUCCUGUUGCUGGACUCCUCUGGAAGCGUGACCACUUCUGAGUUCUCUCGCUUUUUGACCUUUGUUGCCAAACUCCUCCACCCGUUUACCCUGGGCCGGGGCCACGUCAGGGUGGCUCUGCUGCUGGUGAGUACCACUCCUCAGCUGGAGUUCAGCCUGGAUGUCCACAGCAACCAGGAGAGUCUGCUGAGAGCCCUGCAGAGCGUCCACCAGCAGCAGGGAGACACCAACACGAAGGCCGCCAUAGAGCUGGCAAAGCGGCUGCUGUUGGAGGCAGACGGGGACGUCCCCAAGGUGCUGCUGUGGCUGACGGACGGAGUCCAGCCUGGAGACGUGGAGAAGGCGAUGUCUGAGCUGAAGGCUCGCGGAGUUUAUGUGUUAAUUGUUUAUACGAUUCAUGGCAACCACCGGGUGUUACAGCGCAUGGCGACGCCUCCGCUGGAGUCACACCUGUACUCCGUGGACAUGGAAAGCAUCGACAUCAUUACAGAAGACCUGAGGGAGGCCAUCAUCAAAAUCAUUCGUGCAGAACGACUGAGCGUGGUUCGAUUGACUUCCCAUAGUGCAGUGCUGCAAUGGCGUCCUGUUCUGGCUGCUGACAGCGGUCACUAUGAGCUGAGCUAUAAAGCUGUGGAUGAUCGCCGCUCUGAGAAAACUAGGGUUCUCCCCAGCAGCUCCAGCCAGGCGGAGCUGACCCAGCUGCAGCCCGACACGACGUACACGGCCUCCCUCCGGCCAGAGUCCAACCAGCGGCUGCACAGCACACUGACUGUGAAGUUCACCACACUUCCUGAUGUUUUAAGUCCAGCAGAGGUCACCUUGUCCGACCCUGGCCCCCGUCAGGUCCGCGUCAGCUGGGGCCCGCUGCAGCCGGCUCGGGUACAGCGAUACACUCUGGAGUACGGAGCGAUUCCAAGCGGUCGUGUUCACACUGUGGAUGUGAGCAACCAGAAAAGCUCUGUGUUGCUGAGAAACCUGGAGCCAGGCACUCGGUACCUGAUCACAGUGAGCGCUCUACACCUGGAUGGAAAGGAGAGAGCCAUGUCUGUGAGAGCCUGCACUCAGGAAGAAGCUCGGCCCGCCCUGACCGACCUCCGGCUGACCCUGACAGAUCAGCAGGAAGGGAAUGAGGUCCAAGCAUCCUGGCAGACCAACACAGAAGGACUGAAAGGUUACUGGGUCAGCUGGGAGAGAAAAGGUUCCCAAAACUCCCAGUCAGAACGCUCCCUCUCCACCGCUUAUCUUCCCCCUUCGCCUCCUUCAGUCCGACUCGCCCACCCCGCUCCGAACAGCCGGGUGUGUGUGUCUCCUGUCUACAGCUCUGGACGAGGAGAUGGGAUCUGCUGCACUGCCAAGACAAGCAGCGGGUAGAUGGCCUGACAGGAUCCGUUCAUCUAAUUACUGCAAUUAUAUUCAUGAAGCGUUGGAUUCUUACUGGAGUGUCUCUGUAGAGUAUUUCAGUCUGUGUGGAUGAAAACUGGGGAGUCAAACCGAGUAUCUUACAGCACUGCAGAUACAUCCUAGUCUGUUAUCUUAUUUCCUGAGGUUUAUUUUAUUUGUGUACAGAAGAUUUAGAGCAAAAUCAGUCAUGAAGAUACUUUAAUAUCAGUCCAAUCUGUCUCUUGUUUGCACCAUCACUCACUUCAUCUAAAGAAAUGAAAACCUGGAACAAACACAAACCUUAAACUUGUGACAUUUAAGUGUUUUAGCUAUGAUCUCCACUUCUUAAAUUUAUUUUUGCUGCUCCAGUUUUUAAGAGAAUUAAUUCCUUAGUUUAAUUCCUUGUCUAAUUAGUACAACUUUCUCUAAAAGAUCCAAUAGAAACACUUCUUUGUAAUCAAAUUGAAGCAGUGUUUAUUAGGGCUAACUAUUGAUAAAUUAAUCCAGAUUUAUGUAAAGCACAUCACUUAUGCUAACUUCAUGUUUUGUUCAACUCGUUUCCUUUUUUCUUGCACAUUUAUCGCCAUCUAGAGGCUGGAUCAAGUACAGUUGUGGUAAAAAAGAAAGCACACCCUCAGUCAAAAUCAUCCAUUUUUUAAUAAUUCACAAAACUAUUAAAUACUCUGCUUAAAUCCAUAACUUCAAUCAUGUUGAUGUUUAAAAUGAAAGCUAAAAUGCACAUCCCAAAAAUCUCUACAAAAUACAGAAUCAUUUAAUAAAUUUGAAUAUUAUUAAAAUAUUUUAUCUGUAACUCAGUUCAAUAAGUCAAACACAUUACAAAGAUUAAUUGCAGACAAAUUGAUGUGUUCAACUCUUUAUUUUAGUUAGUUUUCCACUAAUAAAAACGUGACAUAAAGGACCAGUCAGAAAAAUAAGAAAAAAACAUUUUAAUACAGAAAAUAUGAGCUUGAUAAAAAGCUUGCACUUUAAUAUUUAUAUAAUAUUAAUAUCUAAGGAGUUUAAUACCUGCUUAAAUAUUAUUUUCAAAAGGUACCUUUAAUCAGACCAAUGAGCCUCAUUGGACCGUUAAUUGUAAUUUAUUUAAUUUGACUUUUUGUUAGCAGCGUACUCUCCUUUCAGUUUGAAUCUAUAUUACAGUCAAGUCUGAGUAAUGUUUGCUGAGAUUGAUAAAACAUAUUGAUUAAAAGAAAAUGACAAAUAUGUCAUUAUUCUGUUAAAUGCAUCUUUUUGAAAAUAUGUUUCUUUUCUCAAUGCUGAUUACUGCAGCUGUGAAUAGAUUUACAACCCUUGCUUAGCGUACUUCAGCUUUUUUCAAAAUACAUUUCUAUGAAAUGAUUGCAUUUCUAUGACUGCUGAUUUAAAUAAAUGCCUAAAAUGCCACAUUAAAUCCUUUCUGGUGGUUAAAUA